CCAGCCCCCGCUCCCCGCCGCCUGCCUCCUCCCCUGGUCACUGGGACUGAUGAAUUAAUCAUGAUGUGGCUGCUGUUAAUGCAUUUAUGUGGAGCAGGCUGUGCCAGCGGCUCGAGGCGUAGCGCGGCGGGGUGAGGGAGUGAGGAGAGUGCGCCGGCCCCUCCGCUCCGGCGCGGAGCCGCCGCCGCUAGCUGCGCGGAGCCGAGGCCGCGGCCGCACCGCUCUCCAUGGCUCCGGAGGAGGUUGCUCCUUCCCUCUCAUGUGUCCUGGAAGAGAGACUCACUGUCUUAAAUGCAUGGAGAUGCUUCAGAAACCUGCUGUGUGUUUACCACGGGUUCUGCCAACCAGCUCAAGAGGGGACUUACCGAUUCUUUCAUUAGUCAAGCAUAAUAUUAUCUUGAACUAAUAAUUCCUCUCCACAUGGCCUUCCUCCUAGUGUCAGCUUAUCUUCUGCUGACUCGUGCUCAGGGUGCUCCUGUUGAGAAUGGGGCACUGUUGGAAACACUGAAGUCACAAGUAGGAUUAUUCAGCAAUAAAAGUGAACACUAUUCUGCACAGGUGAAACCUCCUGGCACAAGUCGACAAAUACCUCAGACAAUCAUCAUAGGAGUUCGUAAAGGAGGGACAAGGGCUUUGCUGGAAAUGUUGGAUAUUCAUCCAAAUAUUGUGGUAGCAGCAACAGAAGUCCACUUUUUUGACUGGGAUGAAAAUUAUGUGAAAGGAAUAGACUGGUAUAGAAGUCUGAUGCCAUUUUCUUAUGGAAAUCAAAUUACAAUUGAGAAAACACCAGGCUAUUUUACAUCACCACAGGCCCCAGAAAGAAUUCAUGACAUGAAUAGCUCCAUUAAACUGCUGCUCAUUCUAAGAGAUCCCACUGAGAGAGUUAUAUCUGACUAUACCCAAGUAUAUUACAACAGAGUCGAAAGCCACAAGCCUGUUCAGCUUUUUGAAGAUAUUGUUAUUAAGAAUGGAGAACUUAAUACCAAAUACAAAGCUAUUCAGAGAAGUCUAUAUGAUGUUCAUAUGGAAAAGUGGCUUAAGCAUUUCAGUUUGGAUCAGAUUCACAUAGUGGAUGGCAAUACUUUAAUCAAGGACCCUCUUCCUGAAUUACAAAAAGUUGAAAGAUUUCUAAAUCUUCCUUCCCGAAUUAUGUCUUCUAAUUUUUAUUUUAACCAAACCAAGGGAUUCUACUGCAUUAGAAGUGAUGGAAGGGAGAGAUGUUUACAUGAAUCCAAAGGGCGCCCCCAUCCUCUUGUUAACAACACUGUUUUAGAGCAACUGUAUUCUUACUUCAGAGAGCACAAUGCAAAAUUUUACAGAAUGGUUAAUCAUUCCUUUGACUGGCAUUAAUGCAUUUGGAGUCAAUGUUUCUUAAAAAAGGCCCAAAACAAACUCUUUAUAUCUUUCUAAACUGUAGAGAUUCAUAUUAUGAGAACUUAAAUAUGCUUCAUUGGAAUGACAGAUCUGUUAACUCCUUGAAAUGUCACACUUUAUGUUGGGAAAAAUAAGAUUCAUGUAUUUGUAUGAUACUGUGCGCCAUAUUCUGAUCUUCUUUCUCUCAUCAUGCAAAUUAACUUCAACAGACUUAUUUCAGAUGCGUGUCUAUUACAAGAUUUGUGCUGUUUUGGAAAAAUGCUUCUAUCUGUAAAAAUUGUAUAUAUUUGAAAUGGUAUUCUAAUUGUUCUGUAUUUUUUGUUGCUAGUAUUUUUUAUAUCACACACAAUGAUAGUGGUGUUACUUUCUAGAAUUAUUCAUACAAUAACUUAAAUUGUAUGUUAAAACAGGGGCCUACAUAGUGUCUCCAAUAAAUAAUUAAUCCUGUUAAUAUGCUCAAGUUCUUAAUCAAUUACUAAUAAAAGGCAUCUAUUUCACCUAUGAUUUUGAAUAGGUGAACUAGAAGCUCCCUGUCUGUAUAUCCUUAGUAUUAAACCACAGUCUUACUAUCCUGGGUUUGCAAAAAAAACCCAAAACCAAAAAACAAACAAACAAACAAACAAAAACAGAAAAAAAUCUGCAAGCAAAGUAAGAAUAUGAACUGUUUGAAGAAGCUUUAAGUGAGAGUUCUGAAUGUAAAGAAAUUAAAAUAUCACGGGCAACCUCAGUUUACACUGUUACUCUACACACUAAAAAAAUAAUAAUAAUAAUGCAAAAAAAAUAUUGAUAUCAGCGACUAUACAAAUAUUUGAUUAUAUAAACUACUGCACUUUGCUCUUGAAUGGAAAAGGUCUUCAUUAGUACUACCAUAUUAAUCAUGUCUGUAUUCUGUGACUAGUUAUUCUGUUGCUCUCCUGGCUUUAGUUUACAUAUCUCCAUUGGCACAUUGAUUCCUGUUAAAAAAAAGAAAAAAAAUAUUUGCUUACCCUCCAAAGCAUGAAAUAUUUUUGUUUUGUCAUUUCUAACGCAGAUCAUGGGAUGUUCUCAAAGUUAAAAUAACAUCUUGUUGUAUUGUAUACCUCAGUCACAGUGUUCAAUAUGCUAAUCAUGACAUGCUCAGAUUAUAUAUAAAACCCGUACCCAUCUAUACCCCUGCACUAGGAAUUUUUUUUUCAUUUUUAGUAUUUUGUUUUGUUUGACAUUAUUGUGCUGGUCUGUUCUCCUUUUUCAUGUAAACAUUUUAUCAUAUAUCAAUACCAAAGAAGAAAAUCAACUUGAAAUGUUAGAUACGGUGUCAGAUAGAACUACAGAUCCUUGUUUGAAUUUGUACCCUGCAAUCCAGAAACUCUGGCGCUCCCCCUAGUAGAAGCUCUUCAAGCUUCUCAGGACACUGGUGAGCUGUAGUUGUGUGGGCCCAGUCCGAGCAUCACAGCAUCAGACUCCACCGAACCCUGGUGAGAAUCCAGAAUCUGUGUUCUGUCUAAGCCACUGUGCAGCCUAUAGGAGUAUAUGUCCCAAGCAUGGAAUUCAGUCUUCCACUUCACAGGCUAAAAGGUACGAAUUUUUAGGAUUCUGAUACUUCAUGAGGGGGCUACAUGGAUGUUAAGCAGGUAGCAGUAUUCCACUGAAGCUGGACAGAAUCAGACCCAGCCAGAUUAUGUGGAAAUAGCCUUCAUCAAAUACGCCCUCAAUAAAUGUAAAAUGUUAAAAGUAAUAUAAUAAAUCUUAUUCUUUGUCUGUUCCACUACUUGUAUGUUUGUAUAUGAGAGAAAAUUAUGUGUCAUUAGCAUAUAAUUAACCUCUGAAAUUAACUUUCUGAAGUAUGAUUAUUUACUACAUCUUUUAUUUCUACACAUGUCCCAAAUUUCUGUUUACUUCUGCCACCUUUUAUGUGAUUGUGGCUUCUUAAUCAUUAAUGUUGAUCAGAUCUGAGUACUACUCAGAAGCACAAAGUUGAUCUGAAUCAGGUGUGGAAAUACAAAUGCAUUUCUUUCAAAUUAGCCAAAGAAGGGGAUGUUUGUGCUGGUCCUAUACCAUCUUUACAAGGACACUGGAUAGACAGACUGUAAUAAUUACAGUUGUAUAGUCUAACAAUGCCUUCUUUGUAAUUUGUCAAGUAAAAAGUUAACCUAGAAAAAUUCUGAACUCUGAAUCAUCAGGGUGAUUUUAUAUUGGACCAACACUUCCUACUCUGUGGGCACAACAUCUUUAUCUGAGAACAGAAGCCCCCAAUCCAGAUUCCCUAUAGAUUUUAACAUAGCCUGUUCUUUCUGACCAAUGCAAUCUCAGUGAUGUACGAAACUCAUUCCAGUCCAAUAAUUUCAGAAAUACAGUAUUGAAGGUAGCAACAUACCAGCAGU